CUACUCUGUCCAGAAAAGCUGAACCAUAGGUCACAAAUCUAGAUCUGCUUGAGCUGGUUCUAGGCCCUACAGAGUGGUUGUCCCUAUCAAAGAAUUCAGGUUUCUUACUGUUUCUGAUCAAGGGUACCACUAGGUGAGACUAGUUAACUAGUUUUGGUGUUGCAGUGGAAAAAAGGCAAAUGCACUGUUCAUCAGUACCCUUCAGUUUUUUCAUUUAACAGUGUUUUCCCCAUUUCUCCCCUCAGAUUAAUAUUUCAAAGUAUGGAAUAAAUGCAAAUAGUAUAGAAUCUAACACCUGCUGUUGUCUUACUAAAAAGGGUAUCUUGGGUUUAAAACUCUUUGAUUGAAUGACUAAACUAGUUCAGAAAACUUCCAGCAAACUUAAUUUGCUUCACUAGUAAAUCUAGUGAAACUUAGGCUGACACACACCUGGCUACGCUCAGUUAAUAAUAUUAUAUUUCAUUGUCUUGUUCUAGUGGAGGCGAGAAUGAUGAAGAUUUUGACCAGGACUGGAAGCCUCCAGAAAAUGACCUCAUCCAGAAGUUAAUAGAACAAAUUGAAUAUUACUUUUCAGAUGAGAACCUUGAGAAAGAUGCCUUCCUCUUAAAACACGUGAGAAGAAAUAAGAUGGGCUAUGUCAGUGUUAAGCUACUUACUUCUUUCAAAAAGGUAAAACACCUUACCCGUGACUGGAGAACCACAGCUCAUGCCUUGAAGUAUUCCAGUAUACUGGAGCUGAAUGAAGACAAUAAAAAAGUGAGAAGAAAUACCCCAGUUCCAGUGUUUCCCAGUGAGAACCUUCCUACCAGGAUGCUGCUUGUGUAUGAUAUGCACUUGAUUUCUGAGCUACCAGCUCUGAACAAAGAGCAAGAAAAUGGCUGCAUGCAAGAAAAGAUCAUGGAGCAUCUUCUCAAGGCCUUUGUAAUAUUUGGUGUCAUCUCAUCUGUUCGUAUUCUCAAGCCUGGGAGGGAUCUGCCACCUGACAUUAAACGAUUCAGCAGUCGAUACACCCAAGUUGGAACACAGGAAUGUGCAAUAGUAGAAUUUGAAGAAGUUGAUGCUGCAAUAAAAGCUCAUGAGUCCAUGUCCAUUGAAAAGAAUGAAGAAGCUGGCAUGAAGGUUGUCUUGAUAGGAAUGAAGCCACCAAAGAAAAAAGUUUUAAAAGAUAAAAACCGUGAUGAUGAUCCCAGCAAGGGUCUUAAUAAAAUUAAAUCCCUGAAUAAGAGAGUUGAGGAACUUCAGUAUGUUGGUGAUGAAUCUUCAGCAAACAGUUCUUCAGAUCCAGAGAGUAACCCUGCAUCUCCAUUGUCUGGACGCAAGAGUGAUGCUAUGAGCAAGUUGAGCCCCCCCAUGUAUCAAAACAACCAUCUCAGCCCUAAUGUGUCACCUCGGUCAAGCCCCUGGAACAGCCCAUCCUUACUGCGCAAAGUGUCCAGGAAGUCUCCACUGGCUGAAGAGGGCAAACUCAACCCUACCACUAGUCCUGAAAUCCCAAGGAAGUGUGCAGAUUAUUCUUCAGAUAGCAGUAUCACCCCUUCUAGUAGCCCCUGGGUACAAAGGAGAAGACUAGCUCAAACUGCAACACAGGAAAAAAGUCCAGUAGGUAGCCCUAUGCUAGCCCGGAAAAUACAAAAUGCAGGUGGGCUACCUGUGGGAGUGCUGAGGUUACCCAAAGGUCCUGAUGGUACCAAGGGAUUCCAUAAUGGAUGUGAAAGGAAUAAACCUAAGAAGAAUGAGUAAACUUAGAGUGUAUAUACAUUUAUUUUAUUUUUUUUAAACCAGUUUCCCAAAUCCAUUUUUGUUCAAGUCUGGUGAAGACUGUCACUUGAAUGACUGAAUUAAGUCAGUAUUUAAUUUUUAAAGGGUUUGUAUUCAUGUAUAGACUUAUCAUUUGUAUUUUUGUAUUUGCACUUAAUCUGCAUUAUUUUUAUACUUUUGUUUUUUAGUUUCAAAUGCCUGAACAUUGGAACAUAUUACUUUUUUAUGCCAGGUACUUAAAAUGAUUAAUGUAACUGCAUUAAUUGAUAAAGAUAUGCUUCUGCACACACAGCAAUGUGUAAAUAUGAUAUAGAGUAUUUAGCCAUUGUAUUUUCCUAAGAUAUGGUACUUUAUCAUUCUGUUCAUUUAAGACCUGUUGGAGGAUUGAAGACUUCCUGUUUUUCUAUAUUGAAGGGAACUCUAAAAGUAUGUUUUGUUAUGUCAGACAUUUUGCUACUUGCCAAACCUUCCAAGACCUGGUUAUACGUUUUGGUUCCAAUAUAUAAUAUUUUCUGUGAUGUGAAUAAAAUGCUAAGCAUUAAAAUGUUUUCAUGGGUUUAACUCCAAUGUCAAGUAAUCAAAUGGGAAGGUUCUAAACAGUUUUUGCAUAGUCUUUUCUUUUAGUAUGAAAUAGUCCUCUUUCUGGAACUUAUCAGUAUCUGUCUAACCCUGAAGGCUUAGGUCAUGCAUUACUUGUUCUCCCUGUCUUUUGGAAUCGGUUGUGGUUUAUUUUAAAUGGCAAAACUGAUUCUGCAUUUCAAAAACUGUCAGGCAGCUUUUUGUUGAAAAAUAUGUAUGGCAGUAAAUGUGAUUUUUUUUUUUUUUUUUGAGGGUGGGGGAGAGGGGGAAGCUAAGGAGAGGGAUCAGACCGCAAUCAUGUCUGACUUGACAGUAGUGCAGGAGGAGCCCAGGAUUAGUUGAUUGUUGGCUGGCUCCCAGAACCCACUAGGGCCAAUUCAGGCUCCACUGCAGUUCCUGGAACCAGCCAACAACCUGGUGGUUGGUUGGACCGUGAUACAGUUCCUGCCAGCUGACAGUCAGCUGACUGUUGGUUGGCAGGGACCACGCUGAGGCCAACUGGAGACCUCAAUGCAGUCCAUCCUGUCUCAUCUUCAUUUUAAGGCACAGCAGAAAUCAGCCACUCAACUAUUACACUUUGUGUGCAUGUCUGUAAUUUUUGUGGCUGGCUUUGUGUUUUGUUGCACCAUUUAACACCCUGAAUGUGUGGCCAGGUUGUGCUUUGAUUCAGUUAACUGGUUAAUUGCAUCUUAUGUGUAAUGUCUGCCAGAGGCCUAACACCAGUAGAAUAAAGUAACAUUUCUUGAGUUGCACUUGUUUUAGAGCAACUCAACAAGAGGAAAAUCACUCCAGCUGUCCUUGUGAUGUUUUGUACUUAAGUGGUGUUUUGGGGUUUUUUGGUAACUCAAUUUGUAUGGUACAAUAAGAGAUGCUUUGAUUUUUUUUUUUGGAUUUUUUUUUUUAAGAAAAAGCCUGUCAAAUGCUUCACUAAUCUAGACAAAAAAAGCCAAGCUGCAUCUUAUGCACCUAGGUACCUGUGCUGCAUGAUUCUCUCAAAUUUGAGUAACAUCUUUUAAAAUGUGACAUUACUCACCCCCCCACUUCUUUCCUCCUCUUCCCCCCUCCUCUUUCCUUGACAGGAGUAGCAAAUCGGACAGGAAAUAGAAAAUCUUUUCUGAACACUGUUGCUAUGACUUCUAGGCUCCACAGGGCAUUAUAAUCAUAGUGGAGCUCAGCACAUGCAUUAAUUACACAGGGAGGGUACCAAGCUCUCUCUUGCUUGAAUGAUGGGUUGGAAAGUAACAGUAUUUAAAUACAUAAUCUGUCACUGUCAGAGGACAGAUAGCUAUGCUACAAUGGAGGAAGCCUAGUGUAGGCUUCCUCCAUUGGCACCAAUUGGCACCAAUAAUCUUCUAAAGAGGAUUAUGGAAGGGGAUUUUUUUUAAAUCCUAAAGCCCUAUUGAUUUAAAAAGAAACUAAAAACGGAAGGAAAAAGUGCAAAGUAAAUCAAACAAUGAAGAGAUGAGCAAGCACCACUAUACUUCUAGAAAUAGAUUAGUGAUUUGCCAAUAAUGCAAUUGCCUGUGUUUUUACAGGGGUUCAGACAUAACAUGUUAAAACAAAUGUAUUGAAAUUUCAAUUAUUCUGUUACUUUAAACGACUAUUGCAGGAUGGUGACACUUAAAGUACUACUAGAUGGCUUCACUCUAAGUACUACUAGAUUUUAGUGUUCAGGAAGCAACAAUCUUAACAAUAUCAAGAGUGUCUAUCACUAAAACAGUUUUAUACUAUGUUUCCAGUUACAUGAGUGAUGUUAGCCUCAGUAUUGCCCCCUAAUGUAGUAGUAUUUAGAAUCAGCAGCAGGUGUCCAGCUACUAGUGUAAUCUCACUAAUUAAUAUUAGAACUGCAUCUGUUUUAAUAAAACAGCCCAAAGGUAUGAGGAAAAUGGAUGAUGUAUUAAUGCAAAUAAUGCAUUAAUUUUCUCGCAUCCCAAACAGGUCUUUAAAGAUGAUUAGAUACCUUUCAAGUGUAUUGCAACUCAAAUAACUUAAAUUAAUGCAACUACAACCAAAGCAGUGGGCCUUGAAAAUGAAUGAAGGAAAGGGGAUUAGGUUUUACAGGAAAAGAAACUACAGGUGGUGUCUUCUUUUAAAUACCUUGGAAUAUAUCUUAGCAAAAAUCUGAGCUGGAAUAAAGACCUUGAAAAUGGAAAUGUUAGAGUAAAACAAGCUUUGAGUGGAGUUUAAUCUUUCUACAAUAUGGUGGGCUGAUGAGUGUUUCUGGAAGCACUGUGGGGCUGUAAAUCCAUUUUGUUGUACAGAGCAGAACUCUGGGGUGCCGACCCUAUUGUCUACCUGACAACUGAAAAUAUUUCUAAUUACUUUUUAAUUGAGGUGCACCAGUACAUCUGUCCAUAUCGUAUUGGCACCAAUAAAAGGAAAAUUGACAUUGUCACCAAUUGUCUUUUUUUUGGCUGAUGUGGCCAGUAAUGUCACUGAUAAAGGCCACGUGCAUGUGUGGCCAGGAGUACAGCCUGGCAACUUGGGACCGUAGUGUCUGGCCAGUAAGUCUGUGUAGCGGGGGAAAGGGGGCAGAUCAAGGCCCCCACAGUGAGGGAGGGAGUGGGGCUGGGGCAGGUGCAGGUGCUGCCCAGCUGGAACUGAGCCUGGGGAGAGGGGUAGGGUGGCUCCAGGCACUGUGUGCACCCCUGAGGAGGGACAGAGGGCAUGUUCCCCCUGGAUUUUUGCACGGGGCAAGGGCGGGCUGCUGCUGAGGGCUCAGGGCCAGGGGCUGCACCAAGCUCUUCCCAGCAGCUGCGCUUGGGGCAGGUGGCAGCAGCACUGGGAGAGGGGCUGUGGGGGUGGGGGGGCUACAGUCACCCUGAAAUUCACCAUAGGUUCCUCCCCCCCCAGCGCCACUGCCC